CGGGCAAGCCAAGCUUUCCUCCGCUUCGCCGGGCGUCACGGCGAGCCGUGAUUGUCCCUGGGUAUGGGCGCCAAACGCAAAAGCCCGGCCUCGGCCAAGCGGCAGGACCUGCCCCCGGCAAAGCGGGCCCGCAGUACCGAUGCCGCGGAAUUCACCGGCGCCCAGUUCAAGUUCCUCCUCCGCGACCCCGGCGCUGAGAUGAAAGGUUUGGAAAUGUUCAUAGCCAAAGCUAAAUUACUGCCAUCAAAUGAACAAUAUGAUGUAGUGGAAGGAUACAUAAAAGUUUCUAUUGAAUGUGUAGAAAUUUUUAAACUACUGGAUGGUGAAAGGCGUCCUGAAAAUGAGAUGCUGCUAAUUUUUCAAGCUCUAGAAAAUAUUUUGCUGCGAACAGCAAGUGAUCUGUCCCAUUUUCGUGUGGUGGGGAUGAAUAUAGUAAAGAAAUUGAUCAACAGUUACAUGAAAUUAAUUUAUGCUGCCUUGUAUUCUGAAAGUCAUAGAAUGUCUCGUCUGUGUCUAACUUUACUAUCAGCUAUGGUGACACAGGGACCAGAUGCUGCAAGAGAUGUCUAUAGCCACUUUGACUUCAAUAAUAAAUUCCUAUCUAAUUUAGUGAAGAAGAGAGACUAUAAGGGUAAGCCUGAUAUCCGUACAGCAUACAUUCAAUAUGCCCUUUCCUUUUUAAUUGCUGGGGACCACUCAAUCCUUGUGCAAGUUCUGGAGUUAAAAGAUUUCAUUCCAGAUAUUAUUAGGACAGGUUUAAAAGAAGAUAGAAUUUCUACAAUUAACCUUCUGCUUUCAACCCUGGAAUCUAAGGUGGUUCUCAAUAAAAAUAUCAGUAAGACCCAGAAGGUGCACUUUUUUACUUCAGAAAUAUUGAACCACAUUGCUUCACUCUACCGCUGGAAUGGAAUUACUGAUGUCAGCACAGAAGAUGUCAAGGCUUCCCAAGACUGUGAAGAGCCAGGAAAGCUUUUAGUGAGAGAACUGGUUCAUAAAUUUUUAAUGAACAUUUGUUGUUCUCUGAAACAUGGCAUUAACUUUUAUGAUCCAAGUCUUGGCACGUCUGGCAGAGGAGGUAAUUUGGUACUGCUGCGCUUUCUUCUGAGUCUAAAGACUGCUGUAGAAGAUGAGAUGGUUGCUGAUCUUAUGGUGAACAUUUUCAAAGUGUGCCCAGAUUUACUGAACAGAUAUUUUAAGGAAUCCCAGUAUUCUUUUGUUCCCAGGCUAAAAUCUGCAUGGCUAGACAAUAUGAAAUUGCUGAGAAAGAUCUAUGAGGCUCAGCCAGAAAUUUCCAGUGCUUUUAAAACCACUGAAUUUAUUCCACUUCCUAAAUUGCUUUCUAUGGUGAAAGUGACAACAGUACCUGCAGUGUGCGAUAAAGCCAUGUUCACCCAAGGUUUAAAUAUAGCCAAUAAAACAGUGAAACAUACCAUCUUUUCACUUAUAUCAGCUAUUCUGAAAAGAGCACUGAAAAAUAUUGACUAUUGUCAGAAUGAGAAGAAAUGGGAGAAGUCAGAAAUCUAUACUCCACUUAUCAUGAAGGAAUUUGUACAGCAGUACAGGGAAGCACUUAGUAAGCUUUUACCAGAUAUGACUAACAUAAUCGCCAUCUGGCAGUCCUUUCUAAAGCAAGAUAAGGCUCAAGAAGGACAGAAAGAGAGAGGAAAAGAUGCUGCUUCUUUUAUGGAGAAAACGAAGGUGGUGAAUGAAACAAACAAAGAGCAUGGCUUGGAUGAUGUAGAGACCACUCUUCUGAAAGCUGUUUUACUUCAAGUUAUAUGCCUUUAUCAGCAAGUUGUUCCCCACUUAGUAGCACAGAGCAACUUUGAUUUUAGCAAAUUAAUAAAAGGUAUUUUUACUGAAAAAGGACUGCAACAGGAAAUCUGUCCUGUUCUGCAUUAUCAUAUUCUCAGAUUGGCUCUUGAACUGCCUGCAAAUAAAUUUUCCUGGUUCAGAAUACAGGAUGAAGCUGAGAAGGUUUAUGGUGAAAGAUCUGUAUUUUACCUACUGAUGAAAAUGUUUGUGACCAGCCACCAUUCACAGCUCAAAAUAUCAACCAAGAAAUUGAUUAUUAAGCUUUUGCAUGACAGUGGACUAUUUGAAUAUACUGGGAAGGAACUUGAACUGUGGCUUAGUCAUUUGGAUAAUACAGUUGAAGCCAAAAAGGAAAUCGUGAUUCAGUUUUUGGAAAAGGUCUUGGUAAAACUGGUGACCAACCCUUAUCCAUACACAGAUAAGGUAGCUGACCUUGUUCAAGAAGCAAGCAUUCUUCAGGUCAACUUAUUCAAACAAGACAUUGAUAAUAUCAGCAUACCCAUUUCUCACAUUGAUGACGUUCUGGAUAUGAUUGAUGUCCUUGUAGAAGACAGUGAAGGUUUAAAUGAAGAAAUUGGAUAUACUUUAAGUGAAGACAUGAUUGUGAACACUUUUCCAUUCAGUGCAAUCGUCCCAGCUUCUUUAGAAGCAAGAAAUAAGUUACUUGUUCAUGAAAAUGCAAGAGAAGAAAGCAUAGUGGAAUAUCUCAUUGGUGUGUUUACUGACCUCCUGCAUUCUCAACGAGAUCCUUUAGCCCUUUGUCUGAUGUUUCAACACUAUGAUAAAGAACUCCAGUCUGUCAGUGCACCACUUCGUCAGUUCAACUAUUACUAUAAUCUUUGGAUACCACAACAAGCUAAGGAAGCUUUGUUCCAGCAAGACAGAAGCAAAAGUAUAGAUGAGGUGCGGUCAUCAGAUUCAUCCUUUUUCAGCUUGCUAAAGAAUAGCUAUCAGAAAGGUGUUGCUGUUCUGCUGGAAGAGGAUAUUCAAACAAAGCUAAAUGAAGCUAUUUCCCAACUCCAGCCUCAGCAGCUCCUGUUGGCUUUAAAACAUGUUCUUCUGUACCUAAAAACUAGUGUGGAAAACUUCGGCAGUUUUGACAAAAAUUCUGGCCUUUCCCUUCUUACUGUCUACAUGGAUCUGUUGAAGACCUUGUUGCACCGAGGUGAUAAUAUAGAGUUGCAUAGUUGGCAUGAACAGAAAAGUACCCAGACUGAAUCUGACCUUUUUAUGGAAGCAGAAAUUCUGAUACAAGAUCCUGAGAAUGACAAGAUCAUGGAAGAGAUGCUCUCUUUGGUCUUCAAACAUCCUAUGCUGGAAAAUUGGUUCCUGGCUAUAGAACAACAUUCCCUCCCUCCUCACAAUCUAAAUCCAAUUAAAGUGAAACUGCUUUCAGCUCAUCUAAAUUGCAACAUUCUUGACCUGUUGAAAAUGAGUUGCCCAUUGUUACAACUUAGGGAUCAGUUAGAUAUACUGUCCAGAUAUUUUGAAGCCAUCACAAAAACUGUUUUGGAAGAGUUGCAUGCUGGUGCAAAAGAAGGAUGUAGAGCAUCUCCCAAAAAAUCUGUGCAGAUAGAGGCUUUACAAGAACUGCACAUUUACAUGAACGUGGACCGACUGAAAGAAAUCAUGCUACAGCUUUGCAAGACAAACCUGGCCACUUCCAAAUCUGAAUCCGGAAAAGAAACUUGUCUGAGCGUUUAUGGACAGACUUUGGUGCAGCUGCUCACAGAUGGCUACCAAAGAGAUUCCCUGAAAGGGGACUUCUUUUUUUCAAGAGAACACAUUCAAGGAAUGAGUAUUCUGUUGUCUGCAUCCAUCAAUGAAGAGUUGGAAAAGGUCUUCAUAUGCGUGAUACAAAAAGAACCUAUCUUUGCCCAGGCAGUUGACAUUGAUGUGCAGCUUUUGUGCCUUAAACGUUCAACAGAAAUUUCCCUUUCUAUUGUAGCUGUGUUGGUUCAGUAUUGUCAGACUCAUUUGCUACAUUUUGAGCUUUGGUGUCUGAAGUGUAGUACAGCCAAGUUUCUAAAAAAGAAUGCAGCCCUUUUCCUGCCUCUUGUCAAUGUGUACUUGGACUGUCAAGAGAAGCAACAUUUCACAUGCCUAUCAAAAGCUGUUAAGUCUGUCUUGAGAGAAGCUUUAUGGCCAGAACUUUUGAAUAAUCUUCUGAAAGUGGAUUCACCACAGCCAUUUGCUAUGGAAUGUCACAUUAUUUCCAAGUUACUACCACUAUCAGAUACAGAGAUGUUCAUUGAUCUAACAGAAAAAUUAACUCUAACUCUUGAGAAACUUGGAAAUCAUGAACAUUGGAUAAUUGCUGAUGCUGUAUCAAGAGCUCUGGAGAACUCUGCAGAAAAAUUGCAUUCAUGGAGGAAACAUCUGCUAGUUACCUGUAUGAAGUGGUUGAUCUUGUCCUACAGUAGUAGCCAAAAGCAAGAAACACAUUCAGAAGUGGAGAGUACCAUGCUAUUGAAGCUAGAAAAAUUAUUGAAUUCAUCAACUGAAGUGGUUCCAGACGACUGGAAUAGUUUUGUGAAGCUGGGACUGAAGUGUCGUUAUAAAGACCAGGCUUUCCUGAAAACUCUGAAUGGAGCUAUAAAUGCAUUGUAUCAGAAAGAAAUCUCUUCUAGUCAGAGAUUAACUAAACCUGAAGUGCUUUACAUGAUGAUCACGCAGCAUUCCCUGUUUUUGUCCACAAUGCUGAGAUCACAAGAAGGCAGUGAUACGAAUGCUCAUCUAAGAGAGGCAUUAGUGAACCUCCUGUUGACUCUUGUGAAACUCUGCCCUGCAAUUUGUGAGAGUAAUCAUUUUGCUGUGCUGCUUGGAGCAUAUGGUGCGACACUCAGCAGUUCAGAUCAGAAGAUACUGUUUCUACUUAAAUUGUAUGAAAAUAAUGGUCUAAGCCUUCUUAACUUCAGAAUAUUGCUUUGGGGACCAGCUGCUGUGGAGCAUCAUAAGACAUGCAAAAGUUUGGGGAAGUCACUUUGGCAGCAACCGAGCAUGCAAGAAAUUAUGUCCCUGCUGGAUCGAGAAAUAAUGAUGAGGACCAUACUCCACUUCCCCCAGCAUCGGCAUCUUCUCUCCCCUGAGGAAGAACAUAUAUUCCAAAGCAAAGGAAAAAGUGAAAUGGCUCUUGAAGAUCUCUAUGAUCCUUGUUUUCUCCUUCAGCUAUUCAGUGAAUUGUUAAGACCAGAAUGUGUUGUGGCAUGUCAAAAGUUUGUUGAAGUCAAUGCAUUGGGCCUGACAGUAGCUGCCCUUAGCAGCUAUGACAGUAACAUGCGUGCAGCUGCUUACUAUGUCCUGAGUUCCUUUCGCUCUCACCUGGAAGCAGCUCGAUUUCGAGAACAGAAACAGUUGCUGUAUCUUAUGGAUGUUGUGCAAAAUGGAAUUAAACAACCAAACCUCAGAUUUACUUUCCCCUUAACACUAUAUAUAUCUAGAGUUGCCCAACAAAUACUGAAGCCAGAGGAACAUAUGUACACAAAGCUGAACAGAUUCCUUCUAUCCCAUCAGUAUUUGGAUCUGAGGAAAGUGCCAGGAUUUUUUCACCUUUUCUACAGUUUUGAUUUAGAGCACAAAAUGGAGCGUGAAUGGGUUCUAGCAAUUAUUGGAGACGGUCUCAGAGAUAAAAACUGCUAUGAACUGUAUGAUUAUCAAAGAAUUUUCCAUGUCAUUCUGUCCUUCUUCCAUAGCCCAUUGUGUGAUGAAGCAACACAGUAUCAGAUUCUGGAAAUACUUCAAAAUGCUGCAUACAUCACUAAAGCUGCUUAUGAACUAAUCAGAGAUCAUAGCCUUUUAACUUGGCUGUUACCUGUUGUUGAGAAAAGGUUUCUAGAAAACAAGUUGUUAAUACGUAUAAUCUCCUUAGUCCGCACUCUCUGGAUAACUAAUUUGGGAAAUAAGCAAACUUCACUCAGCUCAUCUAGCAAGCCGGAGUUAAAAGAGAAGCAGAAAUUCCUUCCCAUCCAGCUUAUUAAUGAAUUUCUCCACAUUCUGCUCACGCUUCUUAAGCACAUCCGAACCAACUUGGAUCCUGCUGAGCUUAUUCAGUUUUUCAGUGUAUUAAAUUCUGUAUUGGAAUACCGUAUUCUGGUUAUUGAAGCCUUCAGAGAAAUGGGCAGAUUCAUUGUAAAUGAACAUAUCCUUUCAAACAAUGAUGUUUUGCUACUUUUGUACAAGUGGAGCAUAAUUAGCAAAGAUACGGAGCUUCAGGACGACCUGCACAUUGUUGCACAACAGUACCAAAUCAAAGAAUUGCUUAAAAAUAAACCCAGAAGCAAACCACGGUUACCUUCUCAAGCAUCAAUCCCACUUGCUCAGAGAAAGAGUGAAAUUGAAAUAGAGGCAGCUGCAGUCUCUGUGUGGAAAGAAGUUUAUUUAAAUGAAUGCAGAACUCUUCUGAGAUCUGUUUUUAUCCACUGGGAACCCUUAUUACUGGAAAUACCAGCGAAAUCUCCAACAGAACAGAAAGGAUAUAGUAAUCUAGAUCUUACAUGCAAGAUUGCUUAUUUAGUAUUUAGAUGGCUCGUGACAUCCCUCACUGAUGGCAACUUGAACAUUCAGAAUGCACUCCUGACUUUCUGGUGGUUUAAAAAAUGUGGUUUUGGAAACAACAUUGUAUUGGAUCAUAUUCUUAAAGAUGGAGCACUGAAAAGUGCUAUAUUUAAGCUUUAUAGUAGCAUCUGUAAUGCCUCUGAACAGAAAGUUGUGAAACUGAAUGAUCUCUCUGUGCUUAAUGGAAUCAUGCUCCAUCUACUAGAAUCUCAGGGCCUGACAAAAAAUAAUUUUCAUGGGGCUGUGAAAAGAUUCUGCCUCACUGAAGUUGCAGAAGUGAACAGAGCUGCAAGCAUUUUCCUUACUUCAAUUUAUAUUGGAGACAUUUGGCUAGGAGCAAAGCAACCAGACAUGUUUACUACGCACAUUAAACUGAUAUGUGGAGCAACAGAUACCAAACGAAAUGAUAAAAAGAGGCCAGAAUUUGAAGACUCGAUGGUUUCUCUCUGCAAAGACAUAUACUCAUUUUUAAAUCUUCAUUCUCCCUUUCAGUCUUAAACGUCAAUUUCUACCUUGAAAUUUUAAAAAUUAAAAGCCAUUGUGUAAAAGCCCACAGGAAUUGUUUCAAAUAUAAUGCUUAUUUUCAUAUUAACAGUAGUACAAUUGUAUAAGUAAGGCUGGAUUUCAAAUAAACUUUUAUAUUUUUUCAAAAUUUGGCAAAGCUGGUUUUAGAUGCUAUUUUUAUAUAUUAUGUUUUAAAGUGCCUGGGUGCUUGAAAAACAAUGAAAAAAACUUGAAGUUAAUAAUUUUGGCUUGAAGUUAAUAAUUUUGCAGUAAAAUAGCAUGGAAUAAUAUUUACUGUUGUGUGAAAUAAAGAUAUACAUUAGAGUUGUGUAUGCUUUGAAAAUGGUUUAGAAGUGGUGCUUUGGAAUAUGCAGGAGUACAGGAACAGUGCCACUUUAAAGCAAAUGCAAUUUCUUUUCAGGCUUCUUUUAAUGAAUCACAUUAAAAGGUGAAGCUGCUUUAAUGAGGUGAUCUGUUAAAAACCAGUAUAUUUCUAUCAGGUUCAUCAUGUGGAAGCCUGAGAAAAGACAUGACAGUCUCUUUCUGAAUUAUUUUUGGAGCAUGCACAGCCCUAAUAUACAUACAUCCACACUCCAGAUUAAAAGUUUUCCCUUCUUUGAAGCUACUGAACUGUUCAUAAGAAUAGUAACCAAUGCUUGAAAUAGGUUUCGUUAAUCAUAUUACUGUAUAAUAAUUUCAUAUGUAAAUACUGCAACUAUUGUUGAGCAUUCAUUUUAUGUUGGAAUUCUAUCCUGUUUUAGAAAGCUUAUAACCUUGUCCAUAUUGUAAGAUAAAACUUCAGAACAAUACUGCAUACAGAAAAAAAUAUUUUAUUUGCUUCAGCUAAAUGUGAUUUCUCAGCUACACUAACAAAAACAAUUCCUUUAAUCCAGAGAUACACAAUGCACAGGCUUUAUACAAGUCCCAUACCUGGAUCUAGAAAAGGUUGAAAGAAAACAGGACAAGAAUAGUGCCAGGAUUAUACUUUGCGUUAUAUUUAUUUGUCAUGUUACCAGGCUAGUCUGCCAUAUGCAUUUAUGUUAUCCAAAAUACUACAAGAAAUUAUCUGCCAAAUUAUUUUACAAAAGUGCUUGCUUAUCUUCUGUAAGAGUAUAAUGAAUCUGACUUCAUCACAUGUUAUGAAUUAAUAUGUUACUUUUAUUAUAUAUUUGUUAAACAUUUUUGAGAAAAAACAAAAGAAAAAAAGGGGGGGGGACAAAAAACCCCAUGAAGUGAAUCAUAGGAAUUUACAAGCAAUGCUGAGUUGGCUAAAACUAAAUCUAUUAAGGUAAACAUUUUCAAUAUUAGUUUUAUAGAACAGAGUAUCCUACAUGUUUUGAAAAACUGCAGGUCGUAGUUAAAAUCCAAGUAAUAUAUAAAUAACAGCAAGAAGCAGCACAGUAUAAAUCAUAAAGUAACAUAAAGAAUUAUAGUAAUUUCUAUCCAAGCAGAUUGCUGAAAUUUAGAAUAUUAACACUGUAUGCUAAGAGAAACUGAAAUUUUGGAUGUGGUACAAACCCCAUAUAUAGAAUUAUAAUCCUUAAAUGGUUUCCAAAUUGAAUUAAAUUCUGCAUCAGAUUUACUUUUGAAAUACAAAAGUUAUUUUGGACUUUGAGGUACACUCUUACAGCUUAAUUAGCUGUUCUUCUGAGAAGGAAUUCUGUGUAUUUUCCAAUUAGAAGUGUCAAGUGUCUUUGGAGCAGUUAACAUGUACAAAGCUGGUCCAGUGUACUUUGUGGGGAUAUAAGCUUUAAUAAUAAUAAAGUUGGAUGGAAAGGAAAUUAAACUUUUAUAAAUUGUUUCAUUCUAUUAGAAAUUAUUUUUCAAUAUUGUUGAGCUUUGCAACAUUGCUACCGAAUAUAAAAAAAUGAUCCAACCUGAUGAUUAUAUUUCCAAUAAUUUUUAGAAAAUGAACUAUACCUGUCAUUGGAAAACUUUGCCCAGCACUGUUAACACAAGGGCUAACUGAAUAGCUAAGUCUGUUGUAUAUAUUGCAUUGCAGAAACAGAAGAAAAGAAAAAAAUGUUUUUAACUUUUUUAAAAUAAUGGUGCUUCUAAUACAUGAUAUACUCUGUACAAACAAAGGGAUGUGCGACUUUAAUGUUGGAUGGAUAUAUAUAUAUCUGUGCAUGAAAUCUUUGUAUUUUAUAAAGUGAAUAAUUUAUAAUAUAGAGCCACUGUAUUUUGUGCUACUGGAUCUUAGACAUGACUAAUUUUUAACGUCUUCAAUAUUGUUCAGUCACUACAUUCUUAUUUGCAAUUAGGAAUGAAAGUCAAUCGGUAGAUUCAGCCAUUUUUUAACAACAAUCAUUGUAUAUAGUGUAAAAAAUACAAAUAAUGAAAUGUGUCUAGUAAUGUUUCAGUAGAGCAUCUGAUUCUGGUUUUGUGCAGUUUCCUGAGUGAUUCUGAAGCAUAACUUUGAGCUACUAAUCUAUAUAUAUAAUAUGCACGAGAUUUUGUUUCAU